GAGCUAGAAAAAAAGUGCUCAUGCAAUUGGCGUUUGAAAAUGUAUCCAUCCAAGCAAGAAAAAUAAUUCCUGAAUGGGUCUAUAAAUUGGUGUGUCCUCUUCCAUUUCCCUUCACCGGCAUCACUACACCUGGAGAGAGCAACUAACUAAGAAGGCAACAUGAUGGCAUUGCAAUACAUCCUAGCAGCCAUGGAAAAACAUAAGCCUUGUAUUGUCAUGGUGAUUAUACAAUUCAUCUACACAGGCAUGUCCCUCUUCUCUAAAGCAGCAAUAGCUGAAGGCAUGAAACCUUCAAUAUUUGUUGCCUAUAGACAAGCAUUAGCCACACUUGCCUUGGCUCCCUUCGCAAUUUUCUUUGAAAGCCAAAAGUCUCAUCCACUAUCACUCAAUGUACUCUGCAAGAUGUUUCUUGUGUCAUUAUGUGGGGUAACGUUAUCUUUAAAUCUUUACUAUGCCGGAAUGAAUUACACCUCAGCAACUUUUGCUACGGCCAUGACCAAUAAUCUACCAAUCAUCGUCUUCAUCAUGGCUGUCUGUUUAAGGAUUGAAAGCCUAAGUAUAACUCAAUGGCAUGGGAUGGCCAAAGUGUUAGGCGCAGUUACUUGUCUUUCAGGGGCUAUGGUAAUCACUUUCUACAAAGGUCCUGCUUUGUAUUCAGAAUAUGGCAAAGAAGCCUCACACAAUUCUUCAAGAACCUAUACUAAAGAAGAAUGGAUAAAAGGUUCUCUUCUCAUGCUUGGAGCAAACUUAACAUGGGCUAUCUGGCUUAUUAUGCAGGCUCCAAUUCUCAAGCAGUAUCCAGCAAAACUUCGGCUAACAACAUUGCAGUGCUGUUUCAGCUGCGUGAUUUCGACAGUUUAUAGCGCAGCUGUGGAGCGGAACAUAUCCUCCUGGAAACUUGGAUGGGAUGUUAAUCUUUUCUCCGUAGCUUAUUGUGGUAUUGUAGUCACCGGGCUGUCAUACUGGUUACAAGUAUGGGUAGUGGAGAAAAGAGGGCCUGUAUUUACAUCCAUUUUCAGCCCGAUAGCACUCCUUUUAACAGCAAUCUUUUCAGCAAUGAUUUUUAAGGAGACGCUUCAUUGCGGCAGUGUUCUGGGGGCUGUUCUUUUAGUGGCUGGCCUGUACAGCUUUUUGUGGGGCAAGAAUAAAGAGACUGAAAUCCAUGGAAGUGAAGAAAAAUCGAAUCAGACUAAAGAAGAGGUUGCAUUGGAGUGCAUCACUUGUACACCAACCUGUAAUGAGGAUGGAGAAGAAAAAAGAUGAAAUAUAUAUAUAUGUGUGUGAUACUUAAAAUCAAACAGGAACUCUGAGCCUUAGGCAAUUCUCCACAUUCAUGGAUUCUCCACUAGAAAUGCAGACAGAUGCAUUUCAAGAAAAGGGAAGAGACCUAACUGUUUUGUGACCUCUUUUUUGUCAAUCAGUGAAUGAAUUCUGCCCAAAAAAGAAAAGGAAUGAAUAUUUAAUUUUUGUACUAUUGGUAACUUGAUAUAGUAUUCUUAAAUUAAUUAGUCCCUGAUGAAAAUAAGGACUCCUUGUAUUAUUCAGGCACUAGAUCAAAGGACCAGUAGUCAUCAUAUAUUGCAAAUUUGUAGUUUACUCUCAUCCAAUAUCCAAGAAAAGAAGAAGAAAAAACAAAAACCAGUAAAGAGCAUUAUGACUCUCCAGUCACAA